UUCUUCUUUUCCAGCGACGAAGAGAAUGCGGUUUUUUCUGCCUGUGUUGACCUUGCAGCUGCGUGACAGUCUGUUCUUCGUGUAAUGCUUCGUCUCUGUUGUUUAUACCACUCGAUAGUUAGACCAGAGAGCUUGAAUAUUCGAGUUUAUUCGAAUCUGGAUCACCCGAGUGGCGCAAAUAGCAGCCGCAACAACGUGCAGGCUGUGGCUCAAUGCGGGGAAAACAAAAACCUGCAGGUCGUUACGGGUCGUGGCGUGACGUUUGACCCUCCUUAAUCAACAUGCGAACUCAAGAUGGGUGGAGCUGUGAGUGCCGGUGAGGACAAUGACGACUUGAUUGACAACCUGAAGGAAGCUUACUACAUCCGCUCAGACCUAGUGGAGCGGGCUUUUCGAGCCAUCGACAGGGCCGACUAUUACCUGGAUGAAUACCGGGACAACGCUUACAAGGACUUGGCAUGGCGGCAUGGAAACAUCCACCUGUCUGCUCCAUGUAUCUACUCUGAGGUGAUGGAGGCGUUGGAUCUCCAUCCAGGCCUCUCCUUCCUCAACCUUGGCAGUGGGACCGGCUACCUCAGCACCAUGGUCGGCCUCAUACUGGGACCAUUUGGAGUGAAUCAUGGAAUAGAGUUACAUGCAGAUGUGAUUGAGUAUGCCUACCAGAAACUCGACUCCUUCAUCAAAACCAGCGACAGCUUUGACAAAUUUGAGUUCUGUGAGCCGUCCUUCGUUGUGGGUAACUGCCUGGAGAUUCCUCCAGAGAGCCGUCAGUAUCACAGGGUGUACUGCGGCGCCGGGGUGCAGAAGGAGCACGAGGAUUACAUGAAGAACCUGCUCAAGGUGGGGGGCAUCCUGGUGAUGCCUCUGGAGGAAAAGUUGACCAAGAUCACCCGAACGGGGUCGAACAGCUGGGAGACCAAAAAGAUCAUCUCUGUGUCCUUCGCUCCUCUGGUGCUGCCUAAACACAGCACAAAUGGUAAACCCAAGACUGUCCCACUACCCAAGUAUGAAGUACGGACGUUACAGGAGCUGGCUCGUAUCUGCAUCCGCCACACCCUCAGAGUGACCACAAAUGCAGGAGACAGCCAGUCACGUGGCCGAGGUUCCUCGUUCAGCGUGGGCAGGGGUCUGGCGGUGGCCGGGCUCCAUAAGUACGGCCCUCGCUUCAAACGCCGACGCGUCCACCGGCGCCACUGCAACGCCCUAGUCCUGGCCACCCGUCAGGUGGUGGCCAGCAGUGGUAUCGGCCCCGCUCCUCUGGACAGCAACAACAACCAGGGAGGGAGAGCGGAGGACGAGGAGGAGGCAGGAGAGAGGGAGGCGAGGCGGCAGAUGAGAGGGAGCAGGAGGGCGGGGAGAGGAGCAGGAGGGGUGGUGGAAGAGGAGGAGACGGUGGAGGAAGAGGACGAAGAGGAAGAGCAGGAGGAAGAGGAGGAGGAGAAGGAGACCGGGGAGCUGCUCCGGCCCCAGCCAGCCGUGAACGUGCUUAGAGAGAGGAUACUGGGCCUGCCGCUGCCCGAGCCUCUGAAGAUGUACCUGCUGUACUACAGAGAGAAAUGAAGAUGAAGCCAGGUCCUGAGUCCCGGAGCUGAAAGCAACAACCCCCAGCAGAGGUUGUUACAACCCCACCACCACCUGUACAAGGCAGGACAACAUGCCACCUACCUUAUCGACCCCCAGCUCCAACAUCUCUCUCUCACCUGUUCUCAUCCUCUUCAUCAUCCAUUCUCUUUCCUACUCCCUCUUUUUCGCCCUGCCUCCCACUGUUGUUUACUUGAUUCAUUUCCUGACACUCUAAAGAGUCAGUUCAAUUUGUCCAGUGGAGGGGAGGGGAGGGGAGGGA